AUGCCACUACCUUGACUACCGGUCGAAUCAUUCCUCACCUUGUUUCGCCGCAGCAUAACAAUGUCUAUUACUAGCUCUCAAGCUACCUCAGUGGUAACAGGAGCGUUUCUCGCAGGGUCAAUGAUGGCACUCUCAUUUCUAGCUGUACCAGUGUUCUUAGAAACUACCACGGACGCGAAGCAGCUCUUGUUCCAAUGGGUUCGCAUGUACCACUACGGUCAUCAAAUUAUGCCGACCAUGGCAAUUAGCACGUUUCUCUUACACCUUUAUACUUGCUACGAACGUAGCAAAGCUCAAAAAUCAUGGGCCAUUUUCGGACUAGCAAGUGCUGCAACGAUUAUUAUGCUCCCGUUUACGUGGUUCGUCAUGGCUCCAACCAAUAACCAGUUGUUUCUAUUAGAGUCUGCGAGUAAGACCGGGCCUUCGGUAGCAGGGAUAGCGGAGGUCAAGGCUCUAGUGGUAAGGUGGGCUUGGAUGCAUGUUUGGCGAUCAAUGAUGCCAUUAACGGGCGUUGUGUUGGCGACAUUAGGCACUUUCAGUUCAGUAGCUCUAUAGAGUAGAUGGAGGAAGCCGUUCUAGCCAGAAUAGCGUAUGAUCCCAAAGCAAAAGGCAGACACACCUGGAUAUUCAUCGACCGUUACAUACCUGCCUAAGAGCCGCUGUACCUUAUGCUGGGUAGGG